AUGUGUAUUGCACGCUUGGCUGAGAUUUUCCUGCAGUCGACGCUCCGUUUCCAAGCCGAUCCUACUCCAUUUCCUUUCGAGCGCCUACCUCCCGAACUUCGUCUGCAGGUGUACCGCGAAGCCGUUGGCGGUGCUGCAUGUUGCCAGUUGUAUCAAAAAACUGUCAGCAGUGCUGUACGUCGCCGAGUCAACCCUGACGACACGAUUAUGGUCAUUCCGUUUCGUACCAAGAAAAAGGGUCUCCAGUUCUGGUUUGGGCAUCCUCCCAAGGGUGAAUCGAGGGAGAUCAAUCUCGGCAUUCUUGCCGCAAGCAGGCAGACACACGAUGAAGCUAUUGCCGUUCUGUACCAGUUCCGUAACUUUGACUUCGGACUCAGCAUCAACGGUGUCGUGCCAUUCCUUCUGAGUCUUUCACAGCACGCCCGGGAAAAUUUGAGUGGGAUUACCAUGGAUCUCCACAACAAAUGGAAGCCUUGCCGGCACAGGGGGCCAGACAACCAGGCAGACUGGAGCAAAGCUUGCAUCUACAUUGGGGAAAACGUGAACCUUAAGACAUUGUCCGUCUCCAUCAAUGUCAAAGUUGACGCGGGAUUCAGAGACCUCAAGUGGGUCAAAGAUCUCGUGAAGAUCAAGAAUCUUAGAUACUUGACGCUACAGGUAAUCCAGCACCACAGCAUCGGUCCAGUUCCGGUCAUAGCUAGCGACAAGGAGGGUUCGCUGUCAGCUACUGAGGAUAGUGUCAGUGAGCAUUUGGUACCCUUCUGGUGCUUUCUGCGUGAAGAGAUGCUGGAGUGA